AAACCGGAGGACCCAGAGAAAAAUCCACGUGACCACAGGGAGAACAUGCAAACUCCAACUAUACAGGAGGCAUCAAGGUCGGGAUCGAACCCACGACCUCCUGUAUAUCCGGCGAUGUAGUAAACAUACGGUACAUACAAAAUCUGCAAUAUUUCGGAAGCUAAGCAGGGGCCGACCCUGGACAGUGCUUAGAUUAUUUGCUAUUCUCGCGCAUGAUGGGCGGCAAUAUGUUCAAGAGCUAAAUGUCAUUUGUCCGAGGUCUGCAAAGCCUUGACGAGAGAUGGCUUCAGUAGAGAUGCGCAUCUGUGAAAAAGAGCUUCAUAGCUCUUCGGAUUCGUCCAAUAAUUGUGCAUUGAAUCAAGCAAACAUUUUGUGUGGGACGAGGCAACAAUUCCAUGACCGACCCGAGGGGGUCUGAACUGGGUUGACAGGAGAGGGUCCUGUUAUUGGAUGGGUUUCUUAGCUGUUCACCCCACACGGUUUACCCCUGUUAUUCUGUUACUGGGGAAAUUGAGUUUUCAGGUCCAUACGGCGUACAGCCGUUUCAAUACGGGCAAAAACAUUUUUGUUUCUUUGUGAUUUUCUCUCUUUUGAUGGGACUUUGUAGGAUGAACGUUGAGAUUUAUAAGGGGCACGGGGUGACCAAUAAUGUCUGAAUUGAUCUGUAAUAAGGUAGGCACUGAUAAGGCUUUGACGGGUAUGUAUCAGAUUGUUACGAGAUGCGAGUUCAUGUCUUUUUUUUUCCUUGAACCGAGGAAGCUUAUAUUAGCAGUAACUUGAGCGAUUACCUUUCUGUGGCGUGUACCCAUUUGUUAUCGCUUGGUGGACAGGUGGGGUUGGUUGGAAGCGGGAGUUUAAGAAGCCUGUCCAUUAUGUUUUUUACUGUUGCGCUGAGAGAGCGAUGGAUACGCACCGUGGAUCCCUCGAUUGCAAGUCCGGUGUGCUAAAUCAUUACAUAACGGCAGCAUGACGGUUGAGUUUAAUGCGCCACAGGAAUGUGGAAUUUUCACCCGUGAUGAGAUUGAGUCUCGUUGCCUCGUACGAAGGAAGCUACCUACUUCUCUUGUCCUGAUAACAUGGGGCUGCAUACUCGCGCUAUGAAGAAGCACCAUUGCCUGAAACAUCACCUACCAUAUAAUUUAUACUCUUUGGUUCUUUCGGUAAAGUCACGUAGGUUUAAAAUAAUAUAUUAUAUAGUUUGUCUUAAGGCACCACACUGUUUUUGACGAAUGAGUUUUGUUGUUUUAAUCGUGACACGAUAUUGAUGGCAACACAAUUGGAAAUUACUUUAGGAGAUAACGGGGAAAUAUAUGUUUCCUGGAGUUAUGCGGAAGGCCAGCCUUUGUGUACAGAAUUGUCCAUGGACGUCAUUAAAAUGAAUAAAGCAAUACUAACUUACUGCCCUUAGUCAAUUCACUUCUGGAUGAAGACCUUCCCAUCCAGUGUCGGUUGUAGGUGUUGUUUGACCAUAUCUCAUUUUUUUUACCAGGUAAGCCCACUGAGCCAUAGAGCUAUUUUUCAGACACGAACUGUCCACAAAUGAUAAAUCAACGAAGUGACUUACCAUUGUGGAAAUGUAUAGCAGCCGAAUACUCCUUGCAGGUUGUCGCCUUGCUAGUCAAGGCAUGUUGGUGAGGUCGGGUGAGUAGUAGGCAAGCGUGUCGUACUACUGGUUUAGACAUCACUGUUCACCAAUGUUAGCCAUUCCCUGGGAUCGAAUUCAUCCGGGUCUGGUGGGUUCACGGCGCACGUGUGCUCCUAACCACUGCACCCACCGGUGUUCACAAAGCACUGCGUGACUUCUGGCGUGCGAGCCCCUCUGAGUCGACGCCUCCGUCGGGAGCAGAAUUACAUAACUGGGUUGCCCAUGGAAACUUGAGACAGUCUGCCGUUAUUGACCACAGAACAGACGCACCAAGCCAAGGCCGUCUUCACCAACGCUCUUGCACACAGUGGUGAAGUUUCCGUUAAGGAAGAGCGCGAACUUGGCUACGUACGGUGCAAAAUAAGUUAAUAAGUACAUUGUCCUCCUCAUUGUUGCUUUCGAUGGACAAACGGAGCCACGAUCGGGACCGGAGGGGCCGUGUGCACGAGGCCACCGUCAUGGGGCUAGAUGCAAUCCACAAAAUCGUGAAGGUGGAGUGGAUCGAUUUGGAUAAUCAAGGCCGCUGCAAGGAGUUCUCUCUCCAAGACAUAUACCGGCUGAACCCCAAGCUGGCGCUGGUGAAGGACUCUGAUCUGAUGCCUCCCCCUGCGCGACCCGCAGUUCCCGUGAAGUCACGACCGGUGCCCUCGGUUGCAUACGCACGUGUCAUGCGUGGGUCCGAGUCCUCGGUCGGGAAUAGCGUCGUCGUGCUGAAGCAGGACCCUCUGCCUCAAAGGAGUGACCGUAAGGCAUUGCGCCGGAGAACGACAUGGCAAGCAGGGACAGCAUACUAGAUGCAACCAGGAAGAAUCACAAUACCUUGCUGAUCUCGUGACAGAGCGUAAACCAUGACACGAACUCCGGCCAUCCUCGCAACGGCUUUUGGCUAGACAUAGAGAAAAGACGGUCACCACAUCGCGCGCUUACAAAUGUGCUUCUGUGGCCAUCCGGAACGCUCUUCGUUCUGACAUUACGAAGCCACCGGACCUAUGCACUUUUAAAUGCUGGAUUUAAAACUAAUUUCUUUAGAACUGCUCUUUGUGUUUAGUUCCCCUUCCCCGUACCUCCGAUUAGCACGGUUAGCUACAUACGGUGCGAAAGAAGUUCAACAUUUGUCCAUGCAUGCGUUACGAAAGAAGUUCAUACGGGAGAGCAGGUUUACCGAGACAAGUAGUGGAGACUUUGUGGGUCUGGGUAGCAGUGUGCAUAAAAUACCGGGGGCCUGUUCGAUGGAAGUUGAGAUCUUAUUUUGUUAGCAAGGUGUGGUUUUUUUUUCAUAAACUACACAUCCCGUUUUUGAAGGACAAAUCGGUGAACUUUAAUGUUGAGAGGUGGGUGUUUGGGGCAGGGGUAAUGUCUGUUACUGCACAUGCCAAGAGAACUUGAAGAGACCAACUGGAAGAGAAGCAUUUGCCACGUUAAUGUUGAUGCCAUAGCCCAUGUUGUCAUGGUAAAGGCAACUUUUGGGAGGUUCGGUGUGAAACGUGAUAAGAAAGUCUUGUAGUUGUGAUUGGGGAUAGGAGGUUACGAUGGGUGGAACAUGCGUACAGGAUGGAGGGGGAGGGUAGGCUACUGAGAGGUAUUAGAGUGGUAUUCAGUUGCACGAGGAAGACAUCAAUCCAGAUGUUGAUGAUUAGACUUGGAGUACAUAGAAGUAAAAAAAUGGGAAUAGGUUGUUUUCAUUGGUGAUUCUACUGAUUAAUUCAUGUUCAAAAGUGGUAUUGGAAAACAUGUAAUCUAAAUGUGGAUAUAAUUGAGUUUGUGCAUUUCAAGCUUAAUUUAACACGUUUUAGACACCAGACACAAACACAUUAAAAUUAUAAUGUUACAUACACAUUUAGCUGGAGUAGGAGUGAAUGGUUAUCAAAACCACUAGGAAAAGACGAGUCAGAAAACUGAAAAUCCAAAUUGCAGGAAUGUUGAUUGAGUUGCGGAUAAGCUAAGAGACAUAGCGCUACGGCUUGGCAGAAGUACAGAUGUAAAAAUUUAAACUUUAAAUGUGAAGGUGACCCAUAAUCCCCACCCACCCCUUCCUGAAAUUAAAUCGCUCCUAGUGGCUGCGCCACCGAAGUUGCGAGUGCGGACAGUGGUGUUGCAGCGUGCCUGGGCAGGCCACUAGUGGCCCCCUGAGUGUUUCGUUUCGCUUGAGUGGCCGCUCCUUCUGUAGGGCUAACUGUGGGCCGGGGGGCGGCGGUAGGUGAGGCACAGGGAGAACAGCUCAGUACUCCGCCACAUCCUCGCUGUGUUUCCGUCCGAUACGAGGCUUUGAAUUUGGAGGAUGGCGGGCAGGCGGCCAGGGCUAAAGCCUCGCCCAGCUGCUUGUGUUUUUGAGGGACGCUUGGUUUUGGAGCUGCUCUCAAGCUGCUUACAUUGGCCCCGUCAAGUGCCCUGAGCUCCUUUGUUCAGCUCGGACAAGAGGGAAAAUUCUUUAAGAAAAUAAAUGAUUGGUGUUGCUUGGGUGGCUCUCGCGGGAUGCUGUGUGCCCGUGGCGGAGCGCUGCACCAGCAACAUGGACGUCAGUGGCGGUAGCAGUGGAGUGAGUGAACAGGCCGGUGCAUCUGUCUGGGGAGCCCAAUG